GCGGGCGCCCAUGGCGUAGUUUGACAGGUCAUCGGAUUGCCACUACUGUCAAAUAAAUGACAGAUUUGCGUAUAAAAAAAUGUCAGUAUCUCUGAAAUCGUCGAGCGGUGACUCGAAGCGAUCCAACCUCAGCAAUGCCUCAAAACAUGCGGGCAACACCAAACAGUCGUCCUCCUCCAAGUCCUCAUCAAAGACCCAAGAGAGUGCUGAACAACCAGAAGAACACGUGCAGCCCGAGUUUCCAGAAUCCAAUUUCAAAUCGAUCCUGGCAUCAGCGAGAGCCCGGAAGAAACCGACUUUGGACGAGUUCAAAAGAGGGACCAUCGAGAAAACGACGCUGUUUUCGAAAACGAUGACGCUCGAUUCUGCAGAGGUGUUAUUUGAGAAAAAAAGCGAAGAACCUUCGAUUUUGGUGACUGGAUUCGGUUUGCGGAAUUUGCGGUCCUUGCAAGACGCGCUUGAAGAAGAUGAACAGAAAAGACUCCUGGAGCUAUACAAAUACCAGAAACCAAUAGUCGAAGAACAUGUUCUGAAGGAGGAAGCUGACACGCUCAAACAUUCCAUAUCCUCUGGCUCUUCCACCACCACCAGAGACAUCUCUACAAAAUCCGCAGAAACCGAAACAGAACUGACCACCGCACAUUCAGACAUCUCCGGUCAGAAGCUCCAGCUGCAUUACCUCAUGGGACUGCAACACCAAGCAAUCGAAGAACACACUGAAGAAUCCCCCUAUCAAUCAAGAGACCAACCAGAUUUCGUCUACAGCAACUCGAUACCCAUGCAGCAAGCGCAGAGAUACCUCCGCGUCCACAGAAUCUUCGAUUUCUUCCAGUUCAUCACCGCACACCUGUUGGGUUCUCUCCCAGCCAAUCCGGUGGAGUUCAUCAUCGAGUUGCUCAACAAGUGCUUGCUGUACAGGUCUGGACUGGGAAAGCCCCCUUUGCUCUACGACGAGACUCACAUUCUGCAGCUGUUCAAGCUCAUGGACCGCAUGAACACUGGAUUCAUCGAGAAGGAUCAGUACAAGCAAGGAUUGAUAACCUUGGGAGUCUGCGAGUACAACAAAUUUCCACAGAUGACUGCAGAUAACAUGGUGUCUAAAGAAACCUUCAUUGAGGAAGCAAUGAGAGGAGAGCUGUGCCUGUUCAAUGAUUUGAUAAGGGAACGGAGGACGAGGAAAGUUGUCAUGCAAGAUGAAUUACAGAAGGCCAGUGUUGAUGUUCUGUCGAAAGACUCUGCUGGGCCUUAUUUCAUGCCUUCGGAGCUGUUCAGAAGUCUCAAGAAGGAGCAGAAACCUGGAGGAAAGAAAUCCGCACCGAUGAGCUAUUUUGGGGAAGGGUGAUACCUCGGGAGACACCAAUGUAUCUGGAGUGUAAUGCAAGUAGUGAAAGGAUAAUUUUCAAAUUGUAUUGUUUGCCUAAGCGUAGGAAAAAAGAUGUAUUCAACGAUGAUUGAGUAACACGUGCCUGUUUUUGAUGCGUCAUUUUUUUUCACACAUGUUAAAGAGGUAUGAAGAUUUAUA